CUGCCGCAGACAGAUAACUCGCCCGGCGCGCGAGCCGCCUGCACUGGAGGAGAUGAAAUUCCCCGGCUCCGUCCUCGUCUCCCUGCUCCUCUUCGUGGGCGAGACGGGCACCGCCCUGUACCUGAGCAGCACCUACCGCUCGGCGGGGGACCGCAUCUGGCAGGCGCUGACCCUGCUCUUCGCCCUCCUGCCCUGCGUGCUGGUGCAGUUCAACCUGGUCUUCAUCCACCGGGACGUGAGCCGGGACAGACCCCUGGUGCUGCUGCUGCACAUCCUGCAGCUGGGACCCAUUGUCAGGUGCUUGGAAGUCUUUUACAUUUACUUUCAUGCGGGGAGAUUUGAAGAGCCUUAUGUAAGCAUCACCAAGAAGAGGCAGAUGCCUAAAGAUGGACAUUCAGAAGAAGUUGAGAAAGAAGUGGGCCAGGCUGAAGGCAAAUUGUUUACACAUAGAUCUGCAUUCAGCAGGGCAUCUGUGAUCCAGGCUUUCCUCGGCUCUGCACCUCAGCUGACACUUCAGCUGUAUAUAUGUGUCCUGCAGCAGGAGAUCACGGCAGCUAGAGGCAUCUUCAUGGUCCUUUCUCUGCUGUCGAUUGUAUAUGGUGCAUUACGCUGCAACAUCCUUGCCAUUAAGAUUAAGUAUGAUGAUUAUGAUGUCAGCGUGAAAGCUGCAGCCUACCUCUGUAUAUUCCUCUGGAGAAGCUUUGAGAUUGCCACCCGUGUUGUAGUCCUGGUCCUUUUCAGUUCUGUGCUUCAAAUCUGGGUCCUGCCUGUGGUACUCCUGAAUUUCUUUGGCUUUUUCUUUUACCCUUGGAUUCUCUUUUGUCAAAGCAAGUCCCCUUUCCCUGAAAACAUAGAGAAGGCGUUGACCAGGGUGGGCACGACCAUUGUACUGUGCCUCCUCACCUUCUUGUAUGCUGGCAUUAACAUGUUCUGCUGGUCAGCUGUGCAGCUGAAGCUAAAUGAUCCUGACUUAAUUAACAAAUCCCAAAAUUGGUACCAACUGGCUGUAUAUUAUAUGCUAAGGUUCAUUGAGAAUGCCUUCCUCCUUUUGCUGUGGUAUGUUUAUAAAACAGACGUCUACCUGUACGUGUGUGCCCCUUUAUUAGUCCUGCAGCUGCUGAUUGGCUAUUGCAUGGCCAUCCUGUUCAUGCUGGUGUUCUAUCAGUUCUGCCACCCAUGCAGGAAGCUCUUCUCAUCCAGUAUUUCAGAAGGUUUGCUGUCAUGUUUCAAGUACCUCUGCUUUGCUUGCAAACCACCUAAGGUCACCGCGCCUGUGGAUAAGGCAGACUUGAAAUCACCGGAUGGUAUUGGUGAUGAUGCGCAGGCCACUUAUAAGACAAAUGAGUCUCAGAAUGGGAAUCUGCAUCAGAGUGUUUCUUCCAAUGCGUAAAGUGGCUAGUGGAAAGCAGGCAGAACUGGAAAGCUACUGCACACUUACCCAAAGCAUUGUGUACCUUGGACUCUGAGCCUUGUUAAUUUUUCUGCCAGUGCAGCUGUACUGCAUGGGUACUCUGACAUGCAUAUGCAUACGGCACACUUGACACACGUACACAUACAGCAGCCACUGUCUGUGGAUUUAUAUUACAUGGUGAUUCCACACAGAGGUUUAUCAUCUGCUUAGUCUGAAAUCCUACAGGAGACAUCUUUAUAUUGUAGCAAAAUGGACCUAACCCUUUCCUGUGGUCUGAUUCAUUCAGGAGGUCUGAGGAGAAUGAGAAGACCUAGGAAAUGCAAUAUGUAGAGAGUGUCAUGAGAGCAGGCCAUUUCAGCAUGGAAGCUGAGCAUGUUACUGGACUACCUGGUAAUUGUAGAUGAUUAGCUGUGGUCUAGCUGGUUUUCUGCUUUUAAGAUAAUCAUAUCUUACAUCCUGACUGGUGCAAUACCAUACCACAGGCCUUUGUGACAUCAGGAUUGAACUGCUGCAAGGCAUUCUAUAUUAGGCUGCCCGCAAUGCAGGCCAGUUCCCUACUGCUGGUAUUGGAGCAUGAUUAUUUCUGAGAAUGGCCAGAGGGCAUUAGGCUGAUGCACUCUUUCACUGUCUACCUUUGCUGCUGCUUACUUUGCUGAUCGAGUUUAAAGUAUUCAUUGCAAUGUUUAAAGCCUUGAAUGGAUGAGGUGUCGUAUAUAUUACCAAACACUCAACAUAGUGUGUCUGGAACCAUCUCUAACUAGCGGCAGAGGCAUAACAAUCGGUCGUAUAGCAGCAGAAGAAAUUCAGCCCAUCUUUUUUAUUUAAUGUUAUGUUUUGGUUAUCAGAGCAUCAGGAUUUUGGACUACCUUGCCCUGUUGGCUUCAGAAGUGCCACAGAUUUGGGUCCUUUUAAAAGAGGAGCUUAAAGACUUUUUCGCACAUCACCUUAAUUAAUCAAAAUGAUUUGUGUGCUUCAUAAGGUGCUGAGAAUGGUUUGGCAGCUGGGCACCCCAGAAAGACAGUUUAUUCAGAGCAUUUUAAAAAGAGGUUUGUUUUGUUUUAAAAUGCAGUACAUUGACUGCAAGUCUGAAGAAUGCAUUCACUUAUUCAGCCUUUCGUGUUUGAUUCAGCACCUUGUGUUUGUCCUGAGCCUAACACACUGUGGGUGCCACUGGAAACAAAUGAUAGGAAUUCAUUAAUUGGAAUCCCUUUUACCAUUCAUUGGCUAGGUCUCUAUUCUGCUUUAAAGUAUACCGUGACGUCCUUGAAAGAAACGAUGAUAUCAAUGCACCUGUAUCAGAAUUGUCAUGAGAUGGGAGGAGGGGCAGAGAUGUGGCAAGUUGCGCUUGCACCUAGAAUGCUGCAAGAGUCUGAGCUCUUUUUAUUACUGGAUGUUUUCAUGCUGCAGUUGUACAGUGUAGCUUUUAUUUUUUUUACUUUGGUCUCUCUGUGUGUGUGGCAUAUAUAUAUUGAAUACCUCAUUACAUUAUGAGGUGGGAUAGUGUAAAGGCUUUCUUGGCACGAGUUUGGCAUGGGCACAUGACUCACAUGUGGGGUUGACACCUACUCUGUAAAUGAAUCCACUUCCCCAGGUAGCUUUUGAAUAAGUUCUUGGGGAGACUGCAAUAUUUCUGUGUAAAGAAAAAAACAUUCUAGAUCAUUUGCAGAAGUUUCUUAAACAAUGAGUUAGAGGAACAGAUGGUGAAAGCUGUAAUUGUCUUCAAUGGAGCUACACUGAUUUACACCAGCUAAGAAUAUAGUGCAGAAUUUUUUUUCUUGGUCCAAGCCUGUACAGUUGGACACACAGGGGUGUAUUUUCCAACUUACUGUAGAACCUCAGAGUUAUGAACACCAGAAGUGACCAGUUAAACACACCUCAUUUGGAACUGGAAGUAAGCUAUCAGGCAGCAGCAGAGACCAAAAGAAAAAAUAUAUAAUAUAGUACUGGGUUAAACGUAAACUACUAAAAAAAUUAAGGAAAAGCAGCAUUUUUCUUCUCAUAGUACAGUUUUGAAACUUUACCAAGUCAAUGUUCAGUUAUCAACUUUUGAAAGAACCAUAACGUUUUGUUCAGAGUUACGAAUAUUCAGAGUUACAAACAACCUCCAUUCCCAAGGUGCUCGUAACUCUGAGGUUCUACUGUACUUUGCUGAAGUUGGGAGUCUAACUUCAUAUUUAGACACCCAAUUGAUGACUAUGAAAAUCAUCAUUAGGUUCCUGAAUACCUAAGUAGGUGCUAAUUUAGCACCUAGGUCUGACAUUUCACCCCUUGGCAAUUAAGGCAGUUUAGCUUAACCUGAAGAGGGAUAUUACUUCUGGGGAAAUUCUGUGCCAAAACAUUUAAAAUUCUGUACGCAAUAUUUUAAAAUUCUGCAAAAUUCUGUAUAUUUUAUUUGUCAAAAUAACAGUAUACAAUCACACCAGUUUCAAUUAUUUUGGUAUUUCAUUUCAAAAUACCUAUCAGCAACUAUAUAGUGUAGAACAGCCCAAUGUCUAACAAUACAGACACACACAAAAAUUCCUGUAGGAGUAGAGAGUUAAGGAAACCCCUACAACAACCCAGUUCUUGUUUCUCUGCCCCUUCCCUCUAGAGCCCAGCAUGGGGGCCAGACACCCACACCUCCUCCCGCCCCAGAGCCCAGCUGCAGGGCACACCCCCAGCUCAGACACUCACAUGCAGAAGCUGACAUCUGAGAGUGUAGUAUACAUAUAGACAUAGUAGUGUUUUCUUUCACAUACAAAUAAUGAAGUUCUACGUAUAUACAUAUUUUUAGAGAAUGUUCUGUGUUAUUUACUAUUUUUAUACUGAUCUACUGAAAUGCAUGUAGAGGCUACUGAAUAUAUUAAAUAAUUAUAAUGAUGACUAUAUAUGGGUUUUGUUGCAGUUCUGAUGCCUUUGCCUUAGCUAUGCAGAGGUAGCCAAUUAUAUCUGAGAUAAUAGGUCAAAUACUUCUAUGUAAGUGUUAUUGUUUAAGGCUGCCAUGCUCCAAAUAUACAGUCAUUACAUCUAAGAGAGGAGGUUAAAUAAACCCAUCAGAUAACAUGUUUGCUAUAUAUAUUUUUGAUCAAUCUGUGUUACCACUGCUGGUGGGAAGAGAAUGUACGAAGGAAGGACAGAGGCAAAAGUCCUGUGCAGUGUUGGACUCUGUAUUUUAAAGGAUAGCUGUUGACCGACAUUUCCCCCUUCAUCCAAAUUGUACUAUGGGUCAGUCUCUGAUGCAUGACUGGCCUGGGGUACUAAUGGUUACACUGAUCCUAUGCAUGCAGUGACUAGGGGUCCACAAAAAGACCCCUUCCUCCAACAUUGACUGUCACUGAUCAGAAACACUGGUGUCAGAUCUGCACUCUGGUUGGUCAGUGUGGAGCAUGAAUUAAAGCUGUUCCCUAUCUAUUCAUAUUGAGGAAGGGACAGUGGUAGCUAUGAGUGUGUGCGCAUAUGUGUGUGUGAUUUUUCAUAUGAAUAAAGGCUUGCAGGACCUAGUUCUUGUCUAUUCUCCUAUAUUUGUAAAACAAAUUUUUAGAAACCCAAGUUGAAAGUUACACCACAUUGGCAUGUUUCAUAUCACACCAGAUCUGUUUGGACAGAACUGUAAUAUGUGUUUGCAUUAUCUACUAUACUUGGGGAGGAAAAAGGCAUCAGUGUUCUUAGUGGACAGCAUGUACCACUAAAGAUAUUAAUUAAUCAGAAAAGUUGCUUUGUAAGUGAGCUACCAGUAUAAAGAAACUUGAGUCAAAUAAGGAAAGGAAACCCUCACGUUACAUUGCAAAUGAAUGUAGGGUUGCCAUUUCUUGUAAUUUUUAUCACAAAUCUCAUGAUAUCUCAUGUUUUUCUUCAAGCCCCAGAUCAUGGAGUUAUGUGACUGGGUGAGAAUCUCAGCUUUUCAUUUUUUUAAAGUAACACCCUAGCCCUCAUCGUUGCAGAGAAAAGAUUGAAAACGAGACCCUCUAAAAUCUCAAGAACCAGAAGGCAAAUGAAAAGAACUUUCUUUCAUUCACUUUUUAAAAUCUCAUGGGUUUUAGCCAAUCUCAUGAUUUUUGGGACCUGACUCAUGACAGGUCAGUGCAGGGAGCUGAACUUGAUAGCUUCUCAAGGUCUUUCCAGCACUACAUAUCUAUGACUUCUGAAUGCUUGGGGUUGGCAAGACUGAUAUAUAUUUUAAAACAAAAUUGCUGAAAACCAGUUUUUUAUGAAAAUACCAGCUCCUAGCUUUUCUCUGCAACAGUUGCUAACAUCCAAACACAUAAAGCAGAAAUUUUCUUUCACUCCCUGUUCUAUUCUAAUCUAGGUUGACCACCUUUUCAAAAGGCAAAAGCGGGACAUAUGCAGGAGCCCCGCACCCUGGCCAGGCCAGAAGCCAGAGCUGGCCUAUGGUAAGAGCCGCCCAGGGAGCUGGGGCCACUACGGGGAGCAAGACCCUCCACCUUCCAUGAGAGGAGGUCUGUGGUACCCGAGAGCAGCCUCUGACCCAUGUCCCCUCCCCCUGGGGUGCACUGCCCAUGGCAGGUGGAAGGGCUACAGCCCCCCACAGUGGCCUGGGCUCCCUGGGCUGCACGUACUACUGCCUGGCUCCAGCUUCUGGCCUAGCCAAGAGGAAGGGCCUAUGGGGAGGAGGAGAAGAGGGUGGGGCCUCAUGGCAAGGGGCAGCCAAGGUCCACAGGGAAGAGGCUGGCACCAGCCCUGAGCGUCAGGCAGGCACAGAAUGGCCUCGUAGGGAAUCUGGGACAAAUGCUGUCUUGGAGUCUUUCAGCCUGAGAUCUGGUCUUGACCUCUGUAUUUCAGGACUGUCCCACCCUAUUCUGGUUAGCUGUCACCUUAUUCUAAGUGCUUAUGUAGCAAAGGACAGAAUUCUGAACACACACACACAUACACACACCCCUCCCUCUGAUUUGAGUUUGGAGAGGCCCAGGACUUGAAAAGCAGCAGAUUGAGGGUCAUGUGAAUUCUUACUGCCUAAAAAAGUCAAUAUAGUAAAAAUGAAAUAUUUUGCACACUCACCAUAAAUUUUUGACUCUCUGGACAAAAUGAAAGGCAGUUUGUUCAGCCAGACAACCUACUAUAUUGCUGGGGUGGGGAGAGAGAAGAGAUCCAAAUCUUAUGAAAAUAGCAAAAUUUUACCCAAGAAAAAAUUGUCAAUUCUAUUCUUUGCUAAAUUUUACCCUGUCCAUAGUGGGAACCCAUUAUUGCUGAUGGAAAUGGCAAUAUUUUCCCCUUAGUUGAAUAGCAAGGUCUUGUGAAAUUUUCAAUGUAUAUAUGAAUGCAGUGCAUAUUUGCAGAGCUCUAACUGCAGGCCAGGAUUAAAGUACAUUUAGAAGUGGGAGCCAAUUGCAGGGUGCCAGUUGUUGCCAGGUGAGAUUUUAAAAAGGACACGUUGCAUGAACAAGCUAAGCAAUAUAGCAACAGUUACAAUUGCAGUUUUGCGCCUUUCUGGUUAAAGUGAACAUAUUAAAAACGGAGACAAGCAUAGCAUGUAUUUAAAAUAUAAAUAGAAAAUAAUGUCUAAACAUAUGAAUAUAUGAGUGUGCGCUAGCUGUCUGCACAGAUUCCCAAUUGUCAAGAUUGCUCGUCUUUAGUAUCUCAAGAUUUUCAAAAGUGACUAGCGAGUUCACUCUUUGGGUGUCCAACUUGAAACCCUUCAGACAGGCCUGUAUUUCAUAAAAGUGCUGAGCAGCUACCCUCUGAAAAACAGGCUCCUCUAAGGUGUCCCGAGUUGGGUGUCCAAAACUUGAGGCAAUUAAAAUUCCUAGUGAUUUUUGAAAAUCUUGGCCAAGAGCAACAUGCCUUUACUUUCUCCAAACAGGACAUUCAGAGCAAAAAUAGGAUGUUUGACCUGAGACCAGGUACAGAGCUGAUUAGCUCACUGAAGAAUAGAAUCCGCCUUAGGGGUAUUCAAGACCUCUGUGGGGAAACAGCGCACAGUGCAUGCCUAACACUACAUCAACCUUAAACCUCUGCUAUUAGGUCCUCACUUUCAUGAGCAUUAAAAUCCACAUAUACGUUUUAGCAGAAAAUAACAAAGCAUAAUAUAUGUUUCAUCUAUUAGCUUUUGAAAAAUUUCUUCAGAUAUUCUUUUCUUCUGGCUAACCUCUCCUGUCAAUCUACAACUUUAAUCAUCCAUAAUUGAUGUGUCCAACAAAAUGAUGCAUGGUAUAUUUUGAUAACCAGACAACAAAGUCAGAGGUAAUCAGGUUAUAGAUUAAUUCACUUUGACUUCUGCAGCCUUCUGAACUUCUAAGCAUUAAAUGAAGACCAUAGCAUCUCACUGAAAGACACUUGAACGAUAUUUAUGUCGUGAUUAUGUAUGCAUUGCUGUGCUUGUAAACAGACUGACAGUUUUGUAUCCUGAAUUGUGCCAAAUACAGUAACUGUAACAAAUACAAAGCUAUAUGCUUGCAUCUACUGCUCUGCAGUAAGUGAUCCUAAUAAAUUUUGUUUAUGUUCUUUAA